UUUUGCUUUCCCCUCCGUUCCCCACGGGCCUUUUUUUUCUACUCGUCGUCGUCGUCGUCGUUUUCGUUUUCGUUUUUUUUUAUUUGCUGCAGGUCUUCCCUCCAUGUCAAAGGCAGGAGGGAGCAGGGACGCCUAUGCAAAAGAAAAGGAGAGCAGCAGGACACAGGAGGACUCCCUGCAACAGCAGCAGCAACAGCAACAGCAGCGUCCACUCUGUCCUCUAUCAUCAUCAUUUGUUCCUUCUGCUCCUCCACCGGACCAUCCUCUGACAAUGACUCCCGUCUCUUGCUCUCCCUCUCCCCGUCCACCACCAUUACACCCGUCCGCACCACUCCCACCUGCAACACAGGCACCAGCAGCAGCAGCAAUACCAGCAGCAGGAGCAACACCAGUAGCAGGAGCAACACCAGUAGCAGCGCGAUCGUUUGUCGCGCAUGCAUCAUCAUCAUCAUUAUCACCAUCACCAUCAUCAGCAAAAGCACCAGCAGCAGCACCAGCAGCACCCUCCACUCUAUCGCAUCCGUCCUCACUAGGUGGUGAUACCAAAAAUUUGUCCCUGUUCCGGCGGGACAAGGGCCCCCAUGCCUUUCGACGUCUCUCGUAUGCUUCCUCGUCUUCGUCUCCCUCCUCGUCGUCAUCGCCCGCUUCGUCGGCAUGGUCAGGCUCCUCUGCAUCUCAUUCCUUUGCUCCCCACGUGCAACAGCAACAGCCACAUGCAAGACAGCCUCACGUCUAUAAGCAACCCUUGUCACAUCCCCGCCGCCAUCCACUUUUUCCAUCCCCAAGCGGCAUGAUCCGAGGUGAACAAAUCCCUCCCAUCAAUGUGGAUCCUGCAUCCGUACGGGCAUUCCCUCGGAGCGACGACUCGGACGCGGCACGCGCCGGAACACCAUCAUCCACGUCGUCGGGAUCCUCGUCAUCAUCAUCCCGAUCACAGAUGGUAGCAACGGACGACGAGGACAAGAUGGUGCAUACGAGACCGGUUCUGACACGGAUGGAUGACGAGAGGACGGAUGCGGGAAUGGUGCCGAGGUUGCCGAGUACGGUACAAGCGAGUGGGAAUGGUAUUCGAUAUCAACUCGUCGUCAUUCAGCAACCGGAACGCGCUAGGAUGUGCGGUUUUGGAGGACGCGAUCGACGAGUAGUUGACCCUCCACCAAUUGUCCAGCUCAUUGCCCGCAAUCCAGAGUCCCAAACCCCGCUUCCAAGCACAACCGAGCACCCCCUUCUCAUUUGCCAUGCCACGCUCUACACAGCUACCGGCCAACCCGCCAUGGUCCUCCCCAAAAACCCCGCCUUUCCCCAUGGCACGCCCAACCACACGUAUCUCAACACGUUGACAGGGAGUCUGGUGUCUUCUGCGUUUUCGUUAAUGGGCCUGGAUGGAACGCAGGGGGUUUUUUUCGUGUUUGGGGAUUUGAGUGUGAGGGUUGAGGGACACUAUCGGUUGGGGUUUAAGCUCUGUAGUGUUGCGAGUACAACGACAAUGACACAACCUGUCAUUUCAACCGACACAACAACCGUGGCUGCCGAAAUCCUUUCCGAGCCUUUUACCGUCUACACGGCCAAAGAAUUUCCCGGCAUGAUAGAAUCGACGGCCCUGACGAGAUCCUUUGCAAAUCAAGGUAUCCGCCUUCCAGUCCGUGGCAAGAAGCGACGGGGUAUGCGGGCACCCAAAGCGUUUGUGCCAAGUGGGGAAGAGGAUGGGGAGCGAGCGGAAGAAGAGGGGGCAGAGGAGACGGAAACCGAAGGGGAAAAAGAGUCGUGAAAGUUUUUUUUUUUUUUUAUUAUUAGAGAAGAAUACUUUAGAUCUUUAUUAUAAACAGACUUUUGAACGAGAACGUGUAUGAGACGGUGAUGAUGAUGAUGAUGAUGAUGGAAUGAAUUGAAUGAUUGAGAAGAGUUUGGGAUGUUUGUUUAUUAGCUGGUUUUUGCUAAAGAAUCAUGUAGAUCAUGAUUUGUACUGUAAUAAUGGAUCUGACCCUGUAGGAGGACGGGGUGCAUUUCUGGGAUGCUCACGGA